AUGGAUGCCGCCGCCAAGCAGAAGCCCGUCUGUGGCAGUGAUGGGGAAGUUGGAGAGUAUGACCUAGCUCUUCAUGUUGUUGGAUUGUUCCUGGUCCUCGGUGCUUCCAUCUUCGGAGCCGGGUUUCCCGUCGUCGCGAAGAAGGUCAAGUGGAUCAAGAUCCCGCCCAAGAUUUUCUUCGCCUGCAAGCAUUUCGGUACCGGUGUCCUCGUGGCAACUGCUUUCGUUCAUCUUCUGCCCACUGCCUUUGGAAACCUUACCAACCCCUGCCUUCCGGACCUGUUCACCGAGCAGUACCCCCCGAUGCCCGGUGUCAUCAUGAUGGGUGCCAUGUUCUGCCUUUUCGUCAUCGAGAUGUGGCUGAACGCCAAGAUGGGCGGUCAGGCUCACUCCCACGGCGGACCGAUGGGUCUCGACAGCGCUUCGGAGGCUCACGGCCAUGGCCAUGGUCAAGGCCACGGCCACGGCAUGGUCGCCGCCGCCCCGCCUCCCCGCCCGCCCCGAUACAACAGCCGCGACAGCUUCGAGACGGAGGACCAGAUCGAGUACGAGAAGAAGAUCGCUCAGAAGAUGUUCGAGGAGACCGCGCGCAUGCAGCAGCAGCAGCAGCAGCAGAGGAACCCCUUCGACGACAAUGCCAACGAGCUUCUUCCCCCCUCGGAGAUGCCGCCCUGGUUCAUCGUCUUCUACGAGCAGUACGUCCGCCAGCGCCUCGAGAUGAUGAACAUGAUCCGCUCCUACGUGCCCCGCCCCCAGGAGAUCCAGCAGAAGGAUGAUUCCACCGUGACCGUGACCGAGUCUCCCUUCAUCGACGAGGAGGGCCAGAUGGUCGACCCGAUGGUCUACCGCAAGAUGUCGCUCAACAUCACCCUUCUCGAGGGUGGUAUCCUGUUCCACUCCGUCUUCGUUGGCAUGACCGUCUCGAUCACCGUUCAGGGUUUCGUCAUCCUGCUCGUCGCCAUUCUGUUCCAUCAGAUGUUUGAGGGUCUCGGUCUCGGCUCACGUAUCGCGGCAGUCCCUUACCCGAGGGGCAGCAUUCGCCCCUGGCUCCUGGUUGUUGCUUUCGGUACCACUGCGCCCAUCGGCCAGGCCAUCGGCUUGAUCACGAGGAACACCUACGAUCCCAACAGCGCUUUUGGUCUGAUCAUCGUCGGUAUCUUCAACGCCAUUUCCUCCGGCCUGCUUCUCUACGCUGCACUGGUGGACCUGCUCGCCGAAGAUUUCCUCUCCGAGGAGGCAAACCGUGUCCUGACAAAGAAGGACAAGACGACUGCAUUCUGCUUUGUCCUCUUGGGCGCUGCUGGCAUGUCUGUUGUCGGUGCCUUCGCCUAA